AUGCCGCCGCUGCUGCCGUCGCAACUGGCACGUUUCACUCGAUGUAGCGCAGGCCCCCGUCUCAAGGUCCAACACCGCGUGCUGCUUACUGUCGCCAGUGCCAGCGUGUCCUCCCACCGCCGCAUCCCUCGCUCUGCACCACUGCGCCCGAGCCCCCGAUCCCCCUACCAGUGCUCUCACAUUGUGCACCGCAUCAGGACACCCACCGCUUCGAGUACACCGACAGCCAUGGCGUCGCAGACUACGCAGAAGAGGACGCAUACGGGCCACUCGCAUGGCGAACACCACCACCACCACCACCACCACCAUGACAAUACCUACCUCACCAGCACAAACAAGAGCGACCCGGGCGUGCGCAUCACACGCAUCGGGCUGUAUGUCAACCUGGGCAUGGCAGUAGGCAAAGGAGUGGGCGGUUAUGUCUUCAACUCGCAAGCCUUGACAGCCGAUGCCGUCCACGCGCUAUCGGACUUGAUCUCUGACUUCAUGACCCUGGCAACCAUAUCCUACUCGCUCAAGCCAGCGACCACCCGCUUCCCGCUGGGCUACGGCAAGGUGGAGUCGCUGGGCGCUCUUGCCGUCUCGGGCAUCCUGCUAUCUGGUGGUGUCAUGAUCGGCCUGCAGGCAGUCAUGGCGCUGAGCCAGCAAUUCUUCCCGCACAUCUUCGAGCUACUCUCGCACACUGGCAUCUUUGAGCAUGCCCAAAACCACGGCCACGACCACGGCCACAUGCAUCUCGGCCCAAACAUCAAUGCAGCCUGGCUCGCGGCUGGUAGCAUCGUGGUCAAAGAAUGGCUGUACAGGGCGACGAUGAAGGUCGCCAAGGAGAAGCGCAGCAGUGUGCUUUCUAGCAACGCCUACCAUCAUCGCGUGGACAGCUUGACCGCUUUCGUUGCGCUUUUCACCAUUGUCGCCAGUCACUUCUUGGAAAGCGCGCGAUGGCUCGAUCCUGUUGGUGGGCUAAUCAUUUCCGGCAUGAUCGUACAGGCAGGCUGGGGCAACACCAAGUCAGCGUUGUACGAGCUCGCGGAUGUUGGCAUGGAUGAUGAAGCUAGAGAAGGUGCUGAGAAGGCUUUGGAGACUCUCCUAGUUGGCAGCGAUGCCAAGAUCCGUGGCGUGCAAGGCAUCAAAAGCGGACAGAACCUGAUGUUCGAGAUCGAGGCUGAGGUGCCUGAAGACUGGUCGGUCCCUCAUUCCAACGACUUGGAAGUUGAGAUUAGAGACGCCGUCCAACAGGCCGUUCGAGGAACACGGCGUGUCAACGUCAGAUUCGUGACCAAGGCGACAAGCCACGCAGCUUUUGAGGACCAAUUUACCAAGGAGGAUCGGGCAACAAUAGAGGAAGGGCAGCACGAAGACCACGACCACGAUCAUGACCACAGUCAUGGUCAAUCGAACGGCCAUACGGAGAAGCGCAAGUGA